GAUAUACACGUGAACAGGCGUCAUCCAAUCAGCUGGUAAAUUUUAAGACCGGCGGCGGUCAUCGUUGACUUUCUUGAAGUACUUGUUUAUUAUUUGACUUUAAUUAUUAUCACCGAAGAUUUUUAGUGAUAUUACAUUGUCAGAGGGUAAAUGAAGCUAUAAAAAAUAGGUGGUUUAUUUUGUAGAACGUACAUCAUUGCAAUUUCUGACCUUCAAUCAUAUCCUAAAUAUGUUGUCGCCAUUUUGACCAAGCAAGUUGAAUUGAGAUAGUUUAUUUUCGUUGAAUAAAUUUCUUUGAGUUUCUUAUGUGAGAUACGUAAAUGGAUAUCCCUUGGGAAGAUUACGAAGAAAAUGUCCCAGAAACCUAGUAUAGUAAAAUUCCUUAUACAUGACGCCAAUGGGCAGCCGCAAAUGGUGAAAGUAGUACAAAAUUCAAACAAUCAAACUACUGCUAUCCCAAUCAAAGUCAAAGCAAAUCCUGUGAAAAUAUAUAAACUGCCAACUGUUGCUGAAGGGAAAAUAAAUACUCAGACACCUGUCUUUUGCCCCAUUAAAGUUACUUCUGGGAUAAAGUGUGCAUCAAAAUUGGUGCCAGUUCCUGUUGAAACAUUAACACAUUUACAAAAAAUUGUGCCUAAAACUGAACCUCUAGAAGUUAAAGUAGAGAUAGAACCUAAGGAACAAUAUCAGGAUCACAUAUUGGAACAGCCAAUUGCACAGACAGUACCAAAAUUAGUUCAAAUCCUACCAAAACCUGAAUCUCCAGUCAAAUCAAAUAGAAAAUCAUCUAGUUUGACAUCACCAAUGUCUCAUGCUUCAAGGAGAAGACAUGAUUCAGAUAAUGAUCCUCCAGCAGAGUACACAACAAAAAGACGUAAGCAUGCUGAUAAAGUGGGUAAAGGAUUGCGACAUUUUUCUAUGAAAGUUUGUGAAAAGGUGAGGAACAAAGGAUUCACGUCGUACAACGAAGUUGCGGACGAAUUAGUGUUAGAGUUCACGGCAGGAAUGCACAGCUCUGCUGACACUCAGCAAUAUGACCAGAAAAAUAUUCGGCGAAGAGUAUAUGAUGCGUUAAACGUGUUAAUGGCAAUGAAUAUAAUAUCAAAAGAGAAGAAAGAAAUCAGAUGGCUGGGCCUGCCGACCAAUUCUGCGCAGGAGUGCGCCGCGCUCGAGAAGGAGAAGCAGACCAAGUUGGAGCAGAUACAGAGGAAAACUCAACAAUUACAGGAGCUUAUAUUACAGCAUAUAUCAUUUAAAAGUCUAAUAGAAAGGAAUAAAGAAACAGAAAAGAAGGGUAUAAAGCCUUCACCAUCCUCUGCCAUCCAUUUACCUUUCAUAGUUGUAAAUACAAGUGACAAAGCAUUGAUAGACUGUAGUAUAUCAAAUGACAAGACAGAGUACAUGUUUAACUUUAACAAGAGAUUCCAGAUUCACGAUGAUAUAGAUAUUUUAAAAAGAAUGGGCCUUCUCUAUGGACUAGAAAAAGGAGAAUGUUCAGAAGAAGAAUUAAGGAAAGUAAAAAGUAUGGUACCUAAAUCAUUGGAAGUGUAUGUUGAACAAAUGGGUAGAGCUGAAAACUGCACUCUAAGUAAUUUAUUAGAUGAGGAGGAACUUGAUGAUGAAAAUGAUGAUGAUGAUGCACUAGAGGUGGAGGUGAAGGAAGAGCAAGAGGAGGAGGAAGAGGAGGAUGGCAAUGACUACAGUGGUGACAGCAGCGAUGUGGACGUGUAGCGACUCGCCUCACGCCGCGUCGCUCCCCACUUCAUAGCAGUGCCACUUGAAUCACUCGGGCGUCGCGACGGCGGUGCGUCGGCGUUUAAACGAAGCAGUGAUGCCGUAAUGUAGAUUUAUAAAACAAACUUAAUGCCACAUGGUGCGUAAAGCAAUGUAUAUUGAUUAUAUACACAUGUGGCCAAGGAUGAAUUAAACAGGUAUGCUACUUGGUCUGACAAGUUGUGGCCAACUCUGCAUUUCUUGCAGAAAUAGGCAUUUUGUUGAAUCACAAUUGCCUAUUUAGCACUUGGUCCAUUUGUCAUGUGGCAUCGCCCUUUCGUCUAAAUGAUUUGAGCAUGACAAGUGUCAUGACUCUUCAUGUAUCAUGCAAAGCGCACACCAAUUGAUUCCUUUUACCUUUUAUUUUGCCUUUUACACACUCAUCAAUUUAAUUGUAAACAAGAAGACCUUUGGCUCUGUUUAAUUAUUUGUAUUUUGUAAUGACACAUUUCAUAAGCUUAGGAUUAUUGUUAUUGAAUCGGUAUUGUUUAUA